GAAAAUAUUUUUUUUAUUUUGGGAUUUUUUUCUUCUUUCGAAAAAUCAAAAAAUUCCUUUCGUAAAUGCAACCAUGUAUUACGAAAACAUGUGUCAAAUUCGUUAUUAUCAUUCGUAAAUCAUACGAAUGCUAUUUUACUUGCGAAAAGGGGAAAAACAAUUUUAAAAUGGAACCAGUAAGAAAAAAUGUAUAUACUAAACCAAGACAGUAUGAAAUAAUGGUCGAUUUCAUGGUUCAACAUUCCGACUUGGCAAAGGGACACCUAAACGCUUCCAACGCAAAAAGUAAAUCAAGAGAGUUGUGGGAAAGACUAUCCCUUGAUCUUAAUGCUGCCGGACCACCAACACAUGAGGUCGAAAAAUGGAAAAAAGUAUGGGCAGACUACAAACAACACAUUAAGGUGAAGUCCCGCAGAAACAAAAGUAGCCUUUCUGGAACAGGUGGAGGGAUAAGUAAUUUCUGCUCCCUAACACAAUUAGAGCAGCAAGUCGCUGAUUUGCUUGCUAUUAACGAAAGUGUCGAUGGUAUGAGUGGAACUUAUCGAUAUGGAGCUAAGAGAAAAAGGACAUCAAGCGCAAGUGCUACGGAAGUUCCUACUCAAGUAGAUGAUAUUGAUAUGGAUACCACAGCAAAUGACCUAGCUGAAACUUUAGCUGACAUAUCAAACGGUCAGAAUACAGUCACUCCACGUUCUCGGCGUAAUAGAAAUGUUUCCAACAAGGACAAUCUCUUAACAAAACAAGUAGAAAACCAAAUAAAAUAUCAAGAAAAUUCAUUGGAGCUAUUAACAAAAAUUGACGAAAACCAAAAAGGUUCCAACAAUGAAUUAAAGGAAAUAAACAAAAAUCUUUUAACUUUAAAUAAAUAUUUAAAACGUAGCUACCUUAUUGGUAUUCGUAAUCAAUUUUUAAAUUUUGAAAACAACUGA